GUGGCCAAGGCCACCAUAAAUUAAUCUUUGGCCACCCCCCCGGCUUUUUUGCGGAACCAUUUCUGUACACAGUUGUUCCCAUAUGGACGCAUUUCAACAGCGCACCUCAAACAAGUACUGCACUUCCCAAACUGAAGGUGGCGGUAAUACACUCAACUUGAAUUUCAACCACAAACACAUUUACAGAAGAAGAAGUAGUGUUGUUGUUGUUCGCGUGUGCUCCGACGGAUUUUCUGCCGCGAGAGAAGAGGUCACAGGCAAAAUGAAGAUGAAAAUUACUUCCUACUACGUUAGUCAGUGUAGUAAGCCGAGUAACGAGAGGAGGGAGAGUGGCGUGGAGAGGGAGAUGCGGGAUGACAGUGAUGAGACAGAGUUAGACAUUGAAGGAGAGCGCUCACCUGUUGCUCUUCAUGGAAGUGAACAUACAGAUGAUCAACCUGCCAAUUCAGAUAGUGACAGUGAUGGUGGAGUAGAUCACCCAGAGUGUGCUCUGCAAAGUGGAUGUCAAGAGGGAAUGCAGGUAAAUCUCAUCGAUGGCCCUGAUCUGGAUUUCCAAGAUUGUAGGAAUAAUGCAGAGGUGCGAUAUUCAGUUUUGCAGACCCCACGUUGUGAUGGGAAGCGACCGUUUUGCCAAGAACCCUUUAAGGUGGCAACAGCAUGCCUAGUUGCCUUCUGCCUUCUCUUACUCGUGGUUCUGGUUGCCACGAAUGUGCACAAUAAGAGUUCAUCCUCCCGUUCUGCUGACGCUCACAUGCUGAAAACCUGCGCUAAUGUGACCGAAUUGACAUCAGAGUUGCAGGCUCUAAGAAAAGAGAAAAGUGAGCUGGAGAAAGAGAGGUCCCAACUGAAAGCCAUCAUCGCUGAGCUAGAAGCAUCCGCUUCCACUCCAGUUCAAGUGACAACACAAUCCACUCCCGGGCGAGUGACGGCGAGUGAUUCCUGCCCGUCUGACUGGCAUUACUUCAGCGGCAGCUGUUACUUUAUUUCUGAUGACAUCAAUAGCUGGUCAUACAGUCAGGCUUUCUGUAAGCAGAGAGGAGGACACCUGGCCAUCAUCCACACGCCUGAAGAACAGACUUUUAUUUGGGACCUGCUGCCACGUGGUCACUGGAAAGCUUACUGGAUUGGCAUAAGUGAUGAAAAGGUAGAAGAUGACUGGUACUGGGUGGAUGGAACCAAACUGGUUGGAGGUUUCUGGGAGGAUGGAGAGCCCAACAAUCAUAUGAAUGAAGACUGUUGAUACAUAGUGAAAACUGAGGUUUUAAGUCGUAAUGCUACAAAGAGCUGGUACGACGCCCCCUGCUAUAUGUCCCGCCGCUGGAUCUGUGAGAAGGAGACAGAUGCGUCUUCUUAAUCCUCCACCCCGCCAUCAUCAGCAACCAUCCUUCAUAAAUGUUUAGUUUGAGAGUAUUUUGGUUAAGAAAUGAAGCAGAAUGAAGAAGGAUUUCAGUCUUUGAUAUGACAUCACAGGAUCUUUGUCUAAAUGUAGGCUACCUUGAAGCUUUUUAACACUGCAUAUCAUGUUAACAUUACUGCAUAUUUUUUAGUCCCUUCAUUAAUGGCUUGCAUAGAAAUAUAAUGCACAUAUAAAUGAAGCAGACAAAUAUUUUUGUCGAUAUUUUGUCAGCGUAAAAUUAUGUUUUAUGUGAACAUAUUCUUGUCUGCACUGUUGUAUUCGUCUGUCUUUGAAUAUAAGUUUUGCAAAGAAAUAAAUGUG